CUACCCUUCACCUACAUCUCUUCUCUCCCGCUCGGAUUUCGAAAAUGGCAGCCAUCCCACCCUCGCCCGUUCCACAUGGGACCCACCAACUCCGCCUCCACCGGAGACACGACCUACACGAAGAUCUUCGUCGGCGGCCUCGCAUGGGAGACCCAACGCGACACAAUGCGGCGCUACUUCGAGCAGUUCGGCGAAAUCCUCGAAGCCGUCGUUAUCACCGACAAGAACACCGGCCGAUCCAAAGGCUACGGCUUCGUGACCUUUAAAGAUCCGGAUUCGGCUAUGAGAGCCUGCCAAGACCCAUCUCCGGUGAUCGACGGCCGACGAGCCAACUGCAAUCUGGCCUCCCUCGGUGCUUCCAAUCGAACUCGGCCUCCAGCUCCUCAAUAUGCGAUGGAUCGAUUCCGGCCACAGCGGAUGCUUGCCUCUGCUUAUCGUGGUCCAUCGACUUCGUCUAUGUCAACUGCAUACUAUCAUCAUCCUGUUCCUUUUUCAGUUUACGGAUACUCUGCUGGUGCUGGUUAUUCUCAAGAGAGCAUGUACCCUAUGAACUACUUUGGAAUUGGAGCUCAACAGCAGCAGCAACAGCAGUUUGCUGCUUACUAUCCAUCAGCAGCAGCAGCAGCAGCGAAUCCAGGGGUUUUUGCUAACUAUUAUCCAUACUAUGCUCAAUACUCGCAAUCUGCUCAGGCUCACAGCGGGUUUGGGCUUCAUUACCCUCAAAUGCUCCAAUAUCCUUACUUGCCUCAACAAUUUGGGUCGGGUUCUUCAACCCCGAUCCUCUCUUUGCCCGCAUCCAAUGCUGCUCAGUUUGCAGGGUCUCAGCCAGCGCCCAGUACAGCUACAGAUCGCAGCAAUACAUCUAGUUGAAUGAAUGGUUAGGGAUCUGGGUAUUAGAAAUUCAUGCAUUUUUUCAGCAAUCUAGCUAGUUACUAACGUUGGUCAUAAAAUCAGGGGGGGGAACUGACAUUUUUCUGUGAAGGGAAAGGAAAAUAUUGGGAUUUCCUCCUCCUUUGAUUUUCUCUCUUCGAUAUUAAAGAGAGAUCGAUUCAUUGAAAUCUCCAUAGAACAAGCAUCUUGCUUGCUUCACUAAUUACUCCAUUGUUGCAUUGCUUCUCAGUGAUCUCUGCUGUUCAUCCAAGUAUCAUUGGGAGUUUACAUCUUCAUAGAUUCAUGCAUUAACAUGAGAAAACGGUUAGCGAGAAGAUUUUAUGUCUCGAUGCCGAUGAAUUCACCGAAGAAAAGCGGGAGGAGCCGCAGGGGAUGGUUUUCUCUUCUGCCGAUUUAACUUGUAAUAAUCAAUUUAAUUCUUCUAAAUUGUUUGUAAUUCUUGACAGCUUAUUAUCAUUAUUAUUGUUAUUAUUAAUUGAAUGUCCAAUGUGGUAGUUAGAAAAAA